CUUCCUGCCGCUGCGGUUCCUCUCCGCCCCGGAGGCGGCGCGUUCCCCGCCUCGGCCGCCGCUGCUGGCCCCGGCUGCGCCGUCCGGCCCUGGCUCGGCGGCUGGGCGAGGACCAUGAGCGCCUUGCGGGACGUCUCGCUGCAGGACCCGCGGCUGCGCUACGAGCUCAUCCAGCGCAUCGGCUCCGGCACCUACGGGGAUGUUUACAAGGGGCGAGAUACAGACACCGGAGAGCUGGCAGCCAUUAAAAUUGUGAAAAUCGACCCAGGAGAUGACAUCGGAUCCAUUCAGCAAGAAAUCACCACCCUCAGGGAUUGUCGGCAUCACAACGUUGUGACGUAUUUUGGAAGCUAUCUCAGGAAUGAUCGGCUGUGGAUCUGCAUGGAGUACUGUGGAGGGGGAUCCCUGCAGGAGAUCUACCACAGUACUGGGCCUUUGUCCGAAAAACAGAUUGCCUACGUCUGCAGGGAAACCCUCCAGGGACUUCACCACUUGCAUACCAAAGGGAAAAUGCACCGAGACAUUAAGGGGGCCAACAUCCUGCUGACGACCAACGGCGAGAUCAAAUUGGCGGAUUUUGGGGUCUCGGCAGAACUGACAGCUUCGGUGGCCAAGCGAAAAUCGUUCAUCGGAACGCCCUAUUGGAUGGCACCAGAGGUGGCCGCGGUGGAGAAGAAAGGCGGCUACAACCAGCUGUGCGACAUCUGGGCCCUGGGCAUCACCGCCAUUGAACUGGCCGAGCUGCAGCCCCCACUUUUUGACCUCCACCCCAUGAGGGCUCUGAUGUUGAUGGCGAAGAGCAACUUCCAGCCUCCAAAGCUAAAAGAUAAGGCGUGUUGGUCUCCCGAUUUUCACCAGUUCCUCAAACUCUCUUUGACCAAAAAUCCUCGGAAACGGCCGGUGGCAGAAAAACUCUUGCAGCACCCUUUCGUCUGCCAGCCCUUAGCCCGCGUUUUAGUCAUUGAAUUACUGGAUAAAGCCACAAACCCUGAACUGACCGCUUCCGCCUUGGACGAUGGGGAUUUUGAGGCUUAUGACGUUUUUCCCGAUAAAAUCUGCUCCAGUAAGCCACGUGGCCCGGCAGAAGGCACCCUGUCAGAAAUCCAGCUUAACCAGGUUAAAUUCGGCCCCCCGCUAAGGAAAGAAACAGAGCCGUGGAGCAACCCAACGGAAGAAGAGGAAGAGAAUUGGAUGGUGCUUGGAGACGGAGAGAGCUUGCUUCAGUCUGUCGAAGAGGCCCUGGAAGAGAGGAGUCUAACGAUCCGCCCGGCACGUCCUACGGAUCAGACCCAGGAAGAACAGCAGACCGAUGGACUUGGGGAAGAUUUUUCCAGCACUAUCAAAAGAGGCCCUUUUUGGGAUUUCCUCAACCUGGAGCUCUCCUAUAAGGCUCCUUGGGAACAGGAUGGGGAGCGCGCGGAUCUAGAGGGGCCGAGGGGCCACACUGUCCCAGGCAACGGGGCGUUUGGUGGGACGCCAGACCCUCCGGGGGUGGAUUCUUCCAAACCUGCAGACUGCCUGCUCUCCACUGAGUGGGCCACGAUGAAGAAGAAGGAGGAAGCUACUAGGUUGCUGUGCCAUGGAUUGCCUCCUACACCCAAAGUUCAUAUGGGAGCCUGUUUUUCCAAAGUUUUCAACGGCUGCCCGCUGAAGAUCAACUCAGCUACAACGUGGAUCCACCCGGAAACACGAGAUCUGUAUCUGGUGGUGGGAGCGGAGGAAGGCAUUUACACCUUGAACCUUCACGAGCUCCACGAAGACACGAUGGAGAAGCUCCUUCCCCACCGGUGCUCCUGGCUCUACUGCAUCAACAACACACUCCUGACUUUGGCAGGAAAGUCCCCCCAGGUCUCUUCACACAAUCUCCUGGGUCUCUUUGAGCAACGUCGUCAGCUUCAAAAGCGUCCGGUUCCUCUUUCCAUCGCCACCAACCGACUGACGGAGAGGAUCAUCCCCAGGAAAUUUGCCCUUUCGGCCAAGAUAGCAGACACCAAAGGCUGCCUUAAGUGUCAAAUCGUCCGAAAUCCUUACUCAGGAAACACCUUUCUGUGUGCCGCCCUGCCCUCCAGCCUGGCCCUCCUCCAGUGGUACGAACCUUUGCAGAAAUUUAUGCUACUGAAGCACGUCCCUGUGCUGCUCCCUGAUCCCCUCUCCCUGUUCGAGCUGCUGGUCGUGGAGACGGAGGAGUAUCCGCAAGUGUGCUUUGGCGUCACCGGCAGCGACCAGCCGGGGGCCGAGCUGCACUUCAGCGUCCUCUCGCUCAGCACUGGGCACACCAGCUCCAGCCCUUCCAGGCGUCCCCUCGUCCUGGCCAGCCACGUCACUCAGAUGGACCGAGACACUGUCCUCGUUUGUUUUGAACGCUGCGUCCGAGUCGUGAAUCUUCGGGGGACGCCACAGGGGGUGUUUGCACCGGAGCUUGUUUUCAAUUUCCCCAUUGAAACCAUUGUGUGCCUUCAAGACAGUGUCUUGGCUUUCUGGAAACACGGCAUGCAAGGCCGAAGCCUGGAAUCCAGUGAGGUGACGCAGGAGGUCACAGACGAAUCCAGGAUGUUCCGAGUCUUGGGUGCUCACAGGGACAUCAUCCUGGAGAGCACCCCUACCAACAAUCCCAUGGCGCACAGCAACCUCUACAUCCUGACCGGUCACGAAAGCAGCUACUAGCUUUCUCCUGGCUGCCACUCGGAGGCCCUGUAUGUGGAGCAGACCCUUCCUGGAGCUAGUGGCCGAUGGCGGCCACUACGCUGGCAUAGGAGAUGCUCGGGGGAAGACGUUGACAGAGGGGAUUGUGAUCCUCCUGUUCCUGGACCAAACUGCUGAUUGGGCUCCAGAGAUUGUCUCGGUGCCUGGUUCGAGUCUUCCUGAGAUUUGGUGUUGGGGCCCAGUGGGGAAGACCGGCUCCCCGUAAUAGGGGCCAGCGUCUCCUGAGAUGAUUCUGCAAUAAUUCCACCCGCCUGGCCGUCGGGAGAACUCGCACCCAGUCCCGGUUGACACCUUGUGCCUGCUUGAAUGCUUUUUUCCCUAGGUCUUCCUCUCCUCCUCCUCCUCCUCUUUUAAAAUGCUUCGAAGUCGCCCACGGUGGUGGCGUGUGGGCACUGUGUCUUGGCAUGGCUGACAGAGUGAAGACAAUCGUUUGCCACGGGUAUCAGAAGGGGCAUCUCCCUUCCUAAGCUUCGGCUUUUUUUCAGGGCUCUUAGCAGCUCUGGCCUGUUAUUCUGGAACAAGGGGCGAGAGAGAAAUGUUUCUUUGUGAGAAAUUAGGGUCAUGGCCAGGAUGGCCAAAACAGGGUGACUGUUACUGGAACGAUUGCAGUGUAGUUUGGUUCUGCGUGUAUGUUUGUGUGUGGGAAGGGAAGGACAGCAGUGGUUUUUCUGGGGUUUUUUUUCCCCCUCUUUUGAAUGGCUGUUUUGAACGGCUAAAGGAGAUGCUGGGUCAGGGGUAGGCAACCUUGGCUCUUUUAUGACUCGUGGACUUCAACUCCCAGAAUUCCUGAGCCAGCCUGGCUCAGCUUGGAAGCCUGUCCCUUUCCCCUCAGACUGGCUGGCUCGGGAAUUCUGGGAGUUGAAGUCCACGAGUCAUAAAAGAGCCAAGGUUGCCUACCCCUGUGCUAGGCGAGCAGUUCAAAUCUGGAAACCAGAUCUGUGGUUCUACAGAUGCCAGCUCCCAGAAUCCCCAGGGGAUGAUAGGCCAUUGCUAAAAAGGAAUUGAUCCACAUACCUCGAGUUAACGGAUGGCUGCUGUGGAACAAUUCAAUGUUAAGAACCCAGAUGUAGGGUGGGUGCACCAUUCCCAGAGAGGUGGACUUCGAUUCCCAGAAUUUCCUAGCCCUCAUGACUGUUGCUGAGAAUUCUGGGAGGUCAAGGUCACUAUUCAGGCAUUGGGAUUUCAACCCCCAGAAUUCCCCAGCCGCUAUAUUCAGUAUUCUGGAGGGGGAAUAGACACCUGGACCAUUUGAUACCCAUCUGCAGAAUCUCAGGGGAGAAAGCUGAUUAUUGGGGGGGGGGUGUCUAAGUACAGAAUUAACACGUAGUUGAAAAUGUGGCCUUCUGGAUACAGUAGUUCUUGACUUACAACUAUAAUUGAGACCGGAAUUACAGUCACAAGUCAUUGCGAUUGUAUGUCAAGACACCCACACGACCCGAAGUAAUUUUCUGGUCUGUUUCGCUACAAUUAUUAAGCAAACUCAAGUCAUUUGAAGAGAUAUUUUUUGACCAAAAUUACCAAAAAAUGCCAGAAACUGGCAAGAAAAAAAAAAAAA